AUGAUAGAUACUAACAAAGGCCAAUCUGAAUUAGGCUUAAUAUUAACAUAAGGGGAGCGCUCCACCAUGAAAGCUCCGAGAGCAAAAGAAACAAUCGAACGCUCGUACUCGUGGUAAAAUGGCAUCCGCAUCUCUGAAGGGCACUCGCAAGACAUACAGCUUCGAAGAGCGGAAAAUCUUGAUAUCGUUGAUAAACAAGCACGAGGUCAUCCAAAAUAGGAAGUCAGAUCCGAUCUCCAUAUGCAAACGAAAGUCGGCGUGGUCGCGAAUCACCGAGGAGUACAAUUUGAUAGUAGGGUCCCGGGGCGCGCGUUCGACCAUACAGCUCAGACGUUGCUGGGAGAAUAUGAAGGCCUGUAAGCGUAAUCGCGAUGAAAAGAAAUUUCGUGAAAAUAUGAAAGCGGUUUGUCAAUCGACAAAAGACAGGGCGAGAAAUCAAUGCUGGGAAGGUAUAACUUGUGGUCACAAUGUCCCAAAGGCACCAAUGUCUACCGGAACUGUUGGUUUACCACCAAAUGUAGUAUUUGAGCCGAAGGAUUCAGAACCAUUCACAUUGCAAAGUAUUUGCACUGCUGGAACUCAAAAUCCAAAUCGCUUAAAGAAGGAUGUAGACAGUCGCGAAAAUUCAAAUUCUGGCGGCACAAUCAAGGAAAUGAUCACCGAUAGAGAUAAUUGCGAUACUAUUGCAUCCCCCAAUUCGAUGAAUGAUUAUUAUGAGAAGUUCGUAGGAAGAAAUGUUGAUUCUCCUAUGAUUGAUCAGUCAACGGACAACAGUUUUGGAAAAAUCGCACACCGAGAAAGUAAUCCGGGACCGAGUGCUUUAUACAAUUUGAUCUCACCUCGCGUUGUGCAGGAGCAUAAUCCUAAGAGGAAAUCCACGCAACGGGAAGAAGAGCUGCACAUGCUUGCACUUUCGGAAGCGCAGAUUAAGGUCGACAUCGCCGCCAUGUUAAAGGAAGAAGCGAGGCUCAAAUUAGAGGAGGCUCAUUACCGCAAGGAGGAAGCUAGGCUUAGAAUGCUACUUUUUACUUAUAAACUAGACAGAAUUAAAGACGAAUGAAGGAAGACGGAUAAUUUUGUUGGAUAUGGCAUAGACGCGUGUUGUACAUCUAUUAUUUUUCUUUAUUUUCAUUGCACCGAUGCAUCGAUGCCGGUGCUCGUAAGCAAAAUAAAUUGGUUAUAUAAUAUAAAAUAUAAACGUAAUUGUGUGUCUCUAUAUGUAAUACCAAUUUACUUCUUAUAAAUGCACAAUUAGAAUAUCAAAAUACAAGUUUUCUGAUGAUUUUACUUGCUAAUAAUUAUUGUAUUAUGCGAUAUUAUUCAGCUUGUGAUAAACGUUAUGACUUUUGACGAACGCAGACGCAACAGACAAUCGGCAAAAUUAUGACAGUAAAAUGAAAGAGAAAGUUUUGAUGUUCAC